UUUAUAGCAGCCAGCAUCCAGGCAUGUUUGCAUGUUAAUCAAAAGCAAAAGAAAUGCUAUUUGAUACAAGAUGUAAAGUCAUGAUGAAAUUAUUUCUGAAUGAGCAUAUUCACAUACAUCAUUGCUCUAUUUGUUGUGUACUCGCACUACUCUGCACCCUUCCUCCCUGUUCAAAAUAAUAAGCUAUUGGGAUAAACCAAAUGCAUAUUUUUACUUCAUGGUCACAGCUCUCUAGUCCGUUUUAAGCAUUUUAAAAAAAUCAAGUUUUGAAUGCUCUAUCCCCCUUUCUUUUGGCAUGUUGAUAAUUUUGAUCUUUCGUUGACAAGCAAAAUUUUUUUAAUUCAUGGUCACACCUCUCUAGGCCAUUUCAAACACUAAAAAUUUAUGUAUGCUCCAGCCCCCUUUCUUCUGGCAUGUUGUUAAUUCUGAUAUCUCAAGCAAAAAAUCAAUGAACUAAAAUUUAUGUAUGUAAAGUAAAUUAAAUGCAAGCAACAUGUGUUGUGAAUGAUAACCUUCAAUUUUCAUACCUUCUAUUGACAUGACUGUUCUUGUGAGCAGAAAUAAGGUUUUCCCUGAAGAAGAAAUUUCUCUUCCUUGGAAGAAUGAGGAAGAACAGACCCCAGAGAAGAAACAUGAACCAAUGUUCAUAAACCCCAGUUACCAGGGCUCCAGGCGGGAAGGGCUAACUACCUGGAGUCCAUACAGAGCCACAGACGAGGUGACACUAAUCUCCAUGCCAAAAACUGUGGUUCUUGAGGAUGAUAUGGAGAGAAAAAGUCAUCAUUCCAAGCGCCCCGCUGUGAACCUCCCUGACCCUGUGCCAAAGGCUUCCUAUACAACAGAGCCCCCCAAACCAAUCAUAUUAAGGAACUUCACCACAGAAAAGUCCUACUCAUCCAAACGCUCGUCAGACCCCAAACCCUACCUUCAAAAUGGGUUCGGUUCUCGUGAAGAGUCAGACAUUGACAAACUAAAAUCUAGCUCCAUUAGUCAAAAUGACUCAGGUAGAGUUAAGUCAGCCAAUGGGGAUCUAUCCCAGAAGCCACCAAUCCAGCAUCAGAAACCAUUUAAACGCACCCCUGAGGGGGAAGACAUGACAGACAUUGUGUCAAAGAACAUUCACUCAGGGGAAACCCCUGAAAAUACGAUAACUGCUGUAAGGAACGAGCUACAGAACAUUGUCCACCCCACAGUGGUGACCGUGAGUUCCGGGGGGUGGAUGGGCUCGUCUUCAGGGGGAAUGGCAGAUAUAGCAUGAGAGGGCACGGCUAGUACUAGAGUGCGUGACCAAGGUAGUAAACACCAUUCAUAUAACAUUGGUGGUAAAUAUCUUUACAGCAUCAAGGAUCAACAGAUAUGUGAUAUAUUGUCAGUAUUGGAAGCUUAAUUGAACGGAUCGUGUAAAAUUGUUUUCUUAAUUUAUCACUGUAUCAAUAGAAUAAGAUAAUCUUCUUUGAUAUAUUGUUUUAUUUCGAAUUGCAUAUUGUACAGUGGAAAACAUUCCUUUUACAUAUUUUGUAGAUUUGUUAUACAUGUAUUGUAUAACAAUUAAUACUGUUGUAAAUUAAACAUUGUAGUUAGGUGAUUGCGGAGGGGUGUACAUUGUUGAAUUCAUUUAGUAAUUUAAUCGUAUUUUACAUGAACUUACCACAAACUUUCAUGUAUUUUUUGUGAAAUGACUCGACAUUUCUUGACUGACAUAUCUCUUCUCAGAAAGAUCUGCAAGUGUUAUAUAUUUAACUGUAUUCUUUCUAUCACAUUUUUACAAGUUUGCAUAACAUACUCUUAUUUUUGCAUUUAAUUAUACAUUUUAGUAAAUAUGACUUAAAAUUUUGCAAUUUACAUCUCUGUAUCGGGAAACAUCUAUAAAAGGUACAGUGACUUGAUUUAUUCCCUCUUUCACGUUUUAACAAGUUUGCACUGAGAAGUACACUUAGUAUUGCAUUUCAUUUAUUUACAUUGAUUGGUUGUGGUGAGAAUACACACAGUUUUUUGAAUUGUUGUGAUUGUUGAAUGGUUAUUCUGUAGUGAGUAUAUGGGAGCAGUUAUACAUGAUUAUAAUUUGAACAGUCUGGGUGGUAAUGAAUAAUAUGCAUACCCACUCACAAAUCCUUAACCAGGUUCACAAUAUAUGGAGAAUAGUUAGUAUGGUAUUCUAUUUAUUAUUAAAUCAGCAUAUUUUUUUAAUCUUUGUUAUGAAAAAGAAAGAGUUUUUCAUUUUCGUUUUGAUUAUAGAAGUUUUUGACAUUUCACAUGUACAAGUCCUUGUGCUCUGUUAGUAAAACAAUAUAUUAAAAGUUAUGGUUAUACGUGUACAGAAAGAUGCAUCUACAUCUAACAUGAUCUUGUGUUAAAAUUUCUACAAAGUGAAAAAAUGUAUGAGGAAAGAAUAAACAGACUUUUUAAAUUUUUUAUACUUUUUAAUUUGCUUUAAAUGUACAGAUAUAUUUUUUCAUUGAAGCAAAUAUAUGUAAAUUAAAGCUUAAUUCUGUUUAGUACAAAUGUCUAUUGAAAUAAUUGAAUUAAAUUAUGAUAUUUAUUAUAUUUAUAUAGAUUAUCUAUACAUCUAUCAAUAUUGUCAUUCCAAAAAGUGCAGUAGUAAACCGAUCAGAAACAUGAUAUUUUUCAAUGUAAAUCAACAUUCCAAUAUUUUACAAUCAGCCAAAUAUGGUUUUCAAUGAUAUUAUUCCCGGUAAAUGGGUUGUGAGUGCUGAGCUUAUGUGAUAUUUUUAUUGUUUUUAUCCUUGCACAUGAACAAAUGUUUUCUACUUAAUGACCAAUCUUCUAUAGUUAUUAUCUGAAUAAAUUAUUGACUAUUGUAGAAAA